AUGAAGGCCUUCAGUGUUGCAGUUGCAGUGGUGGUAGUCCUCGCAUGUAUGUGCAUCCUUGAAAGCACAGCUGUUCCUUUCUCUGAGGUAUGUCUAAUUCUCCAACACCAACCCACUACAAACGUGUGCAUUGAUUUUAGAGGUUGAUCAUGACUAAUUUGUACAUAAUGUCUUUGCAGGUGCGAACGGAGGAGGUUGGAAGCAUUGACAGUCCAGUUGGGGAACAUCAACAGCCGGGCAGCGAGUCCAUGCGUCCACCGGUACGUUCAAUCGAGUGAAUGAAUUAAGCUAAUUAUCUUUAGCAAAUUAACAUCUAAGUGGUUGCGUUUCACCCUCGGAAUAGAAUUAGCCCACUAGCGGUACCUGUUAACCAUUUGAUUGUGAGCCGUUAGAAAGUGCUUCAGGGUGAGCAGUGUGCAAUGUGGUUAUGAAAUGGAGACUUGGACAAAAAUACUUACCAUGUGCUUGUUCCCUCUUUUUUUCAUAUUCAUUUUUUGGCGGGGAACAGGAGCUUUUCAGGUUCAAGCGUCAGAGCCACCUCUCCCUGUGCCGUUGGUGCUGCAACUGCUGUCACAACAAGGGCUGUGGCUUCUGUUGCAAAUUCUGAGGACCUAAAGCCAGCUUAUUAACUUAUUGCCUUUAAUUUCCCCCCUAUUCUUCUACAUUUCUUUUGGACUCUGUGGAGAAGAAGCAAUCUCAUUGACGUCUUUCUCACUGCAGAACCUCAAUCUUGUACAUAAGUGUUUUGUAUCAUUUUGUAGACAUAAAUGUAUAGCCUACUGACACAAGAAAAAUACAUAGCUAAUUGAAAUAAGUGGGGAUUUUUCCAUUGUUGUACAUUUUGUACAUUUGUUUUGUCAAUUUUCUAUUUGUACAUGUUUGCGAUGUUUUCAUUCUAAAAAAGUAUUUGUUAAAUCAUUUUUUAUAGUAUUUUUUAAUAUAAAUAAACACAUUCUUUGAAUAACAAACAGGGUUGUUUCUGAAUUAUGAAUUUGUUAUAGAUGUGUACCCUAUGGCUAAAUUUUCAGGCCUGACAGCCAGAGGCUUAUUCAAAUUAGCCACGUGGCUAGUAGUUUACCCUGAGGUCUGGGAAUGGAACCUACAGUGCCUUCAGAAAGUAUUCAUAACCCUUGACUUUUUCCACAUAUUGUUGUGUUACAGCUUGAAUUGAAAAUGGAUUAAGUUGAGAUUUUGUGUCACUGGCCUACACACAAUACCCCAUAAUGUCAAAGUGGAAUUGUGUUUUUAGAAAUGUUUACAUAUUAAUAAAAAAACGAAAAGCUGAAAUGUCUUGAGGUAAUAAGUAUUCAACCCCUUUAUUAUGGCAAGACUAAAUAAAUUCAGUAGUAAAAAUGUGCUUAACAAGUCACACAAUAAGUUGCAUGGACUCACUCUGUGUGCAAUAGUAGCGUUUAAAGCCCCCUAGAGCCGAUGUCCGAGCCCCAACGGAAAUCCGAGUCCCCACGGAAAUCAUAUUAGCAUAAUGAGAAAAAAUCCCCAUAGAAAUCUGUCCGUUUUUUUGAUGCAUUUCAAUCCACAAAAUCUGCCGAUGUCGCACUUCCGCAUCUGUGUUGAAAGGUGACAGAGCUACAGCGGUGUUUGUCAGACCAUGAGACAUCCUUAAAUUUGGUCUUCUUACAAAAUCGUCUGUAGUGAAAGGUUUAACCUACAAACUAUUAUGACCCAUCCAAGGAAAAAUGAGACUCUCACGAAUACAAUGGUGUUCUCCAUUUUGCUCUACAACCCCCACAAGCGUCUUGGGACUCGUCUGAAGUCCGUACAGCCAAUCUACCAACUUCUGUCUGUAGCGUCUGAACCGUUAGGGCUAAUAUGACCCCUCUAUGGAAAGGUGAGACUCUCACGAACACAUACACUACCGGUCAAAUGUUUUAGAACACCUACUCAUUCAAGGGCUUUUCUUUAUUUUUACUAUUUUCUACAUUGCUGAAUAAUAGUAAAGACAUCAAAAUUAUGGAAUCAUGUAUUAAUCAAAAAAGUGUUAAACAAAUCAAAAAAUAUUUCAUAUUUGAGAUUCUUCAAAUAGCCACCCUUUGCCUUGAUGACAGCUUUGCACACUCUUGGCAUUCUCUCAACCAGCUUCAUUAGGUAGUCACCUGGAAUGCAUUUCAAUUAACAGGUGUUCCUUCUUAAAAGUUAAUUUGUGGAAUUUCUUUCCUUCUUAAUGUGUUUGAGCCAAUCAGUUGUGUUGUGACAAGGUAGGGGGGGUAUACAGAAGAUAGCCAAUUUUUGGUAAAAGACCAAGUCCAUAUUAUGGCAAGAACAGCUCAAAUAAGUAAAGAGAAAUGACAGUCCAUCAUUACUUUAAGACAUGAAGGUCAGCCAAUCCGGAAAAUUUCAAGCACUUUGAAUGUUUCUACAAGUGCAGUCACAAAAACCAUCAAAUCAAGCGCUAUGAUGAAACUGGCUCUCAUGAGGACCGCCAAAGGAAUGGAAGACCCAGAGUUACCUCUGCUGCAGAGGAUAAGUUCAUUAGAGUUACCAGCCUCAGAAAUUGCAAGCCAAAUAAAUGCUUCACAGAGUUCAAGUAACAGACACAUCUCAACAUCAACUGUUCAGAGGGGACAGAAGAAACCACUACUAAAGGACACCAAUAAGAAAAACAGACCUGCUUGGGCCAAGAAACACGAGCAAUGGACAUUAGACGGUGGAAAUUUGUCCUUUGGUCUGGAGUCCAAAUUUGAAAUGUUUGGUUCCAGCCGCCGUGUGUUUGUGAGACGCAUUGUGGGUGAACGGAUGAUCUCUGCAUGUGUAUUUCCCACUGUUAAGCAUGGAGGAGGAGGUGUUAUGGUGUGGGGGUGCUUUGCUGGUGACCCUGUCUGUGAUUUUAUUCAGAAUUCAAGGCACAGUUCACCAGCAUGGCUACCACAGCAUUCUGCAGUGAUACGCCAUCCCAUCUGUUUUGGGCUUAAUGGGACUAUCAUUUGUUUUUCAACAGGACAAUGACCCAACACACCUCCAGGCUGUGUAAGGGCUAUUUGACCAAGAAGGAGAAUGAUGGAGUGCUGCAUCAGAUGACCUGAUCUCCACAGUCCCCUGACCUCAAUCCAAUUGAGAUGGUUUGGGAUGAGUCGGACCGCAGAGUGAAGGAAAAGCAGCCAACAAGUGCUCAGCAUAUGUGGAAACUCCUUCAAGACUGUUAGAAAAGCAUUCCAGGUGAAGCUGGUUGAGAGAAUGCCAAGAGUGUUUAUAGCUGUCAUCAAGGCAAAGUGUAGCUAUUUGAAGAAUCUCAAAUGUAACAUAUAUUUUGAAUUGUUUAACACUUUUUUGUUUACUACAUGAUUCCAUAUGUGUUAUUUCAUAGUUUUGAUGACCACUAUUAUUCUACAAUGUAAAAAAUAUAAAAAAUAAAGAAAAAAAACUUAAAUCAGUACGUGUGUCCAAACAUUUGACUGGUAGUGUCUAUAUAUGUUUCCUGAUCUUUCUUUUAUUUCUCAGAUAUAGGACAGACACUUCAGAACAAACUUCUUUUAGAUUUAUUUUGGGGACUAUCUGUUGUUCCAUGUAGUGAAUCUGUUUUUCAAUGCGUUUCUAUGGGCUAAUAACAAUAAGGCCCAAAACGUAUUUUUGGGAAACUUCAAGGGGUCUUAAAAUUCAAAAUCAAAUAGCUAAAUGAUCCUUGGUAUGACCUUCUUAAAACAUUUCCAUAUUGCUCAGAAAGGGCUUAGACUGUUAUGGGUUAAUUAACAUGAUUUUUCAAUGACUACCUAAUUUCUGUACCCCACACAUACAGUUAUCUGUAAGGUCCCUCAGUCGAGCAGUGAAUUUCAAACACAUAUUCAACCAUACAGACCAGGGAGGUUUUCCAAUGCCUCACAAAGAAUGGUACCUAUUGGUUGAUGGGUAAAAAAAAAAUAAUACAGACAUUGAAUAUCCGUUUGAGCAUGUUGAAGUUAUUAAUUAGACUUUGGAUGGUGUAUCAUUACACCCAGUCACUACAAAAAUACAGGCGUCCUUCCUAGCUCAGUUGCCAGAGAGGAAGGAAACCGCUCAGCGAUUUCACCAUGAGGCCAAUGGUGACUUCAAAACAGUUAUAGAGUUUAAUGGCUGUGAUAGUAGAAAACUGAGGAUGGAUCAACAACAUUGUAGUUGCUCCACAAUACUAACAUAAUUGACGGAGUGAAAAGUAGGAAGGCCUGUACAGAAUGACAAUAUUCCAAAACAUGCAUCCUGUUUGCAACAAGGCAUGAAAGUAAUACUGCAAAAAAUGUGGCAAAGCAAUUCAAAUCCAAAUCCAAUACAACACAUUACUCAGUACCACUUUCCAUAUUUUCAAGCAUAGUGGUGGCUGCAUCAUGUUAUGGGUAUGCUUGUAAUCGUUAAGGACUGGGGGAGUUUUUCAGGAUACAAAAUAAACCGAAUGGAGCUAAGCACAGUUCAAAUCCUAAAGGAAAACCUGGUUCAGUCUGCUUUCCACCAGACACUGGGAAAUUAAUUCACAUUUCAGCAGGACAAUAACCUAAAACAUAUGGUCAAAUCUACACAGGAGUUGCUUACCAAGAAGACUGUGAAUGUUCCUGAGUGGCCGAGUUACAGUUUAACUUAUGUUGAAAUCUACUUGGAAAAUCUAAGGCAAGACCUGAAAAUGGUUGUCUAGCAUUGAUCAACAACCAAUUUGACGGAGCUUGAAGAAUUUUGAAAAUAUGAAUGGGCAAAUGUUGCACAAUCCAGGUGUGGAAAGCUCUUAGAGACUUACCCAGAAAGACUUAAAGCUGUAAUGGCUGCCAAAGGUGCUUCUACAAAGUAUUGACUCAGGGGUGUGAAUACUUAUGCUAACUAUAUAUGUCUGUAUUUAGUUUUCACUAAAUUUGCAAAUAUUUCUAAAAACAUGUUUUCACUUUGUCAUUAUGGGGUAUUGUGUGUAAAAAAAAAUCUAUUUUAAUCCAUUUUGAAAUCAGGCAGUGACAACAAAAUUUUGAAUAAGUCAAGGUGUAUGAAAAACUUUCUGAAGAGACUGUAUGUCAAAAUAGGGAUAUUUAACCACUGUGAAUGGCACAUAUUCCAUGACAUAGACUGACCAGGUGAGUCCAGGUGAAAGGUAUUAUCCCUUAUUGAUGUCACUUGUUAAAUCCAUUUAAAUCAGUGUAGAUGAAGGGGAGGAGACAGGUGAAACUAUUUUUUUUAAAGCCUUGAGACAAUUGAGGCAUGGAUUGUGAAUGUGUGACAUUCAGAGGGUGAAUGGGAAGGACAAAAGAUUGAAGUGCCUUUGAACGGGGUAUGGUAGUAGGUGCCAGGCGCACUGGUUUGUGUCAAGAACUGCACCGCUGCUGGGUUUUUCAUGCUCAACAGUUUCCCAUGUGUAUUAAAAAUGGUCCACCACCCAAAGGACAUCCAGCCAACUUGACACUGUGGGAAGCAUUGGAGUCAACAUGGGCCAGCAUCCCUGUGAAAAGCUUUCGACACUUUGUAGAGUCCAUGCCCCGACGAAUUUGCAACUAGAAAUUAGGACGUUUUUUUGUAUACUCAGUGAUCCAGUUCUACAUGAACAAAUUAGCCACACCAACUGGGCAAGACAACAGGCUUUCUGGCUGGUCUAGAGAAGGUGGGGGUCGGUUUUUCGCUGGUUGGCUAUUUCAUUAGUAAAUAUUUUUCUUAACUUAAUUUUUGGGACAUUUUGGGUCAAGUGCCCAGAACAAAUAAAGUACAUGUGAGGUGGUGAGAGGGAGGAGGUGGGAGACAGAGGUAGUUAGGAUGACAGAGGGGGGGAAACAAUGUCAAUGCCCCGGCCCAGGAGGAGCGAGUGGGGGACUGGCGCCUGUCUAGGUGACUGUGUCUCUGUGUCCACCCCACUGGAGCCGAGCUCUGUUUGACCAGAAGAUUCACAAAGAUAGUGCUGGCAACUGGUGACACAGCAGAAAGUUCCUCCCUCACCCCCACUUUCAUUACUACUCAACAAAUUAAGCUAGCUGGGUGGAUUCCAAUGAGGAGUCAUUCAUGGUUAUAUUUGUUGACACUGAUGUUCCCGAUCACCCAAAGUCAACAAGCAAUGACAAAGGGUUCUCUAUAUACAAGUCAGACUGACGCAGGGGUCCCCACAACAUGUUAUUUCACUUAAAGAGACAAGUUGGGCACAGCCAAUAAAAUACUUAGUGAAUGGAUUUAAAUAUAACUGUAUAAUUUCAAACAAGUUGAGCCAUUGAGAGCACGUACAAUUCAUUAUUAUUAGGCUAUUAACCACUUAUCACAGACUAUUUUGAGGAUGGAAAUUAUGCAUUCAGAGGCUUACAAUUUUCACAGUAUCAUUUUGUGUUUCUGAAAUGUGAUAUAGCAGCAUAGCAUGUGUCAUUGUAAAUGUUUAAAGAUACACUCUUAUCCAGAGCAACUUACAGUAAGUGCAUUCAUCUCAUACUUUUUUUUCUCUGUACUGGUCCCCCUUGGGAAUCAAACCCACAACCCUGGCGUUGCAAGCAACAUGCUCUACCAAGUGAGCCACACAGGACAUUUCAGUAGACUACACAUUCAAAUAAAUGUAGGUUUUUUCUCAACUACAAAAAUACCUUUGCCUAACAAUUCAAGCGUGAAUCACUAUUAUAAAAACCACCUAAACCUUUUAAAUAUUUUCUUUUUCAUUAGGUCUGAUAAUGCCUGCCACAUAAAACUAUCAUAUUAUUUUAUUCCUAAUAGCACUUGAAACACCUGAAUGAAAGGUGCUACACAUAGGAUUUUUUGGUAGAAUUUUUGCAUUGUACUGUAAUGUCAGAAAAUGUCCAUGAUAUGUCUGCAGUAAUAGUGGAAUGAUAGUGUUUCACAGUAUGACUUACAGUGUGUGAUUAGCUGUGAGAUUCGUCUAUUGAUUUCUCCCGCCGGAGCGGCUGUGUUAUCUAGUGGAAAUCGGGUCAAGUGGCAGGAUUGCACAACAGUGGCCAAAGUGUGUAUAAAUACUGGUGUACCGCAGUCUUAACACAAGACAGAGAAGUUCCCUCAACCGCUAACACCAAAAUGGACCAUCAACUAACUUAGGACUCAUCUAGUGCAUUGAAAGUUGUGCGUUGGAGAGUGUCUCUUUAUGGGAAUAUUGAAGAGUUCUGAUCUUCAUAGGCUGUCGCUUCAAUUCCAACUGAUUUCAACAGGACUGAUUUCAAUAGGCUAUAAGCCUUCUAACAUAACGGAGAAUGAAGUCCUUCAGUGUUGCAGUUGCAGUGGCGGUCGUCCUCGCAUGUAUGUGCAUCCUUGAAAGCACAGCUGUUCCUUUCUCCGAGGUAUGUCUAAUUUUAUAACACCAACCCACUUCAAACAUGUCUGCAUAGGUUGAUCAUGACUAAUUUGUGCAUAAUGUCUUUGCAGGUGCGAACAGACGAGGUUGGAAGCAUUGACAGUCCAGUUGGGGAACAUCAACAGCCGGGCGGCGAGUCCAUGCAUCCACCGGUAUGUUCAAUUGUGUGAAUUAAUUAAGCUAAUUACCUUUAGCAAAUUAAAAUCUAAGUGGUUGCAUUUGCCCUGCAGAAUUGAAUUAACCCACUAGUGCUACCUGUUAUCGUUUGAUUGUGAGCCGUUAGAGAGGGCUUCAGGACGAACAGUGCGCAACGUGGUUAUGAAAUGGAGACUUGGACAAAAAGACUUACCAUGUGCUUGUUCCCUCCUUUUUUAAUGUUCUUUUUUUGGUGGGGAUACAGGAGCUUUUCAGGUUCAAGCGUCAGAGCCACCUCUCCCUGUGCCGUUGGUGCUGCAACUGCUGUCACAACAAGGGCUGUGGCUUCUGUUGCAAAUUCUGA